GGUAAAUUUUUGCCGGGAAAGCAGAAACUGGAAUGUUAGAACUUAGAAAUCAAACUUUUUUUUCUUUCACCUCUUUAUUAUUCAUUAGUUAUUGUUUGAAAUCGAGUGCGAUAGCUUUAUCGUAAAAACUUGUUUCAUCAUUAUGCCAAAGAUUAAAUUAAACUUGAUUGCUGCAGCGUGCGAAAAUAUGGGAAUCGGUGUUAAUGGAACUCUUCCUUGGCGUUUAAAAAACGAGAUGGCAUACUUCACCAAAAUGACAUCUGUGGUUCAGGAUAACUCCAGGCAGAAUGCUGUUAUAAUGGGAAGAGUAACAUGGGAUUGCAUUCCACCAAAAUAUAAACCUUUGUCCGACAGAAUCAAUAUUGUCCUAACUAGAAAUGUUGAUGAAGUCAAAAAAGGGGUCCCAAAUGGUGUGGAAGUUGUAAAUAAUUUAGAUGAAGCUAUCAAGCUAAUAGAGAGUCGUUCCGACAUUGAAGCUGCAUGGGUUAUUGGUGGUUCACACAUCUAUAAAGCAGCUAUUGAACACCCAAAUUGUGAAAAAAUAUAUUUAACUGAGAUCCAAAAAAAAUAUGAAUGUGAUACCUUUUUUCCUGAUUUUGAUAGAAAACAGUUCCAACUUGUAAACGAAGAUGGCGUUGUAAGCGAUAAGCAUACUGAAAAUGGAAUCGAAUAUUAUACUAGAGUUUAUAAGAAAUGUUACUAGUGAAGGUUGUGAAUAAAAAUUACGUUUGUUGAA